ACGAGUUGAUUAGUUGCUAUAAUGAUUAAUCUGAUUGCUAAAAAUGAUUAAUAUUACAUUCUAGUAAUGUUAUAUAAUUAAUUAUGGAUGGUUGGGAUAAACAAUGAAUAAGGGGAUAACUACCACAUGUCAUGGUAUUCUUUAACUGGAUGGGACUACAAGUAUAUACUAAUCUUUCUGUUUUAAAAAAUACUAAUCUCUUAGGGAUAAGUUAUUGGCAACGAGAACUAUAUACAUUUCUUAAGAUUUUGAUUUCUUAAGAAAGUGUAUUUUAUAUAAAACGGUACAGCAUUUUUGUUGCAUGUUGUAAACACUUAUUCAAAACAAAAUAGUACAAUAAAUCUAACUUUGUGUAUAUCAAACUUGUGAAUGAGUUAAGGGAACAGAUCCAAUCCAAUUACAAGAGAAAUAUAGAAACAAAUAACAAAAGUACAUUGAUUUAUUAAAUAGUACAGAUAAUAUAUAGCGAGGAAAAGGAAUAUGUCAGCUGCUAGCUAGGUUGUCAAAAAUUAUAUUACAAAUAAAUAGUACUCCAUAAACAAGAAAUAAAGGAACCCUUUUUGCUAACUUUGGGGCAUGGGAGAGUAGAUUAAUGAGUAAAAAAUUUAAAAUGUAGGUAUGUAAAACAACCAAAAUUCAUUUUACUUUUACAGUUUUUUUGGUAGCUACUCAAGUUACUAAUUAGUCAUGCUCUUUUAAAAUAAGUUUGAUUAGAUAGAUAAAAAAACAACUUUGCUUAGAAAAUGUCUAUUUAUAUUUAAUUAUAUAUAUAUAUAAUUGCAAGGACAUGGAGUACGUGUUAAUGGAGUCAACAGACCAUUCUUUCGUCAUUAAAUCAUGUGUGGGGAGAGUGGUCAUCGGUUACUUACUUUUCUUUUGUAUUUGGUAUUUAUUGUCGUGCAGAAUCCGUGACGGGAAGCUGCUCAACUAAAUUCAAAAAAAAAACAAUGAAACACACACUAGUGAUUAAUUAAUCAUCAAAUAUACUAUGACCGACGUAACUCGUUGUUCUAGUGGUCCAUUUAUUACGUACAGCGAAACUUCUUUCGUAGUCCGACCCUAUAAAUACGUUUGUCUGGAAUGUUUUGUUUUCUUUCAAACGUAUAUAACUGUUCUUUUCAUAGGUAAAAUUGGGCUAUCUGAAUCUUAAUUAAGUUUUAGAAUAAUUUAUAAUAAGUUCAAAAUGUCAGGUGAGUAACACCGUCACGGUCAAAGUGAUAGGCCGUAAUAUUUUAAGCAGAUACACACAUCACUGAUCUUAUAUGGCUUAUAACUACAGUUCAGUAGAAUAUUUAUUAUCAAUAGGCAUUAACCAUAUAGAUGCUGCAUAGUUAAUUUGACAUCACUAUGAGUCAAUAUAAUGGUUACAAUAAUCUAUUUCUAACCUUUACGAUUCAACUCCUAGUUAUAUGAACCAAUUGGUGGUAGAAUAGUGUCAAAGAUUGACUUAGGACAAGGCGUAAACUGUUGAUCUUGGUUUCGAUUCAUGUUAAAAACAAUGUUGAUGACACUUGACCAUUAACGAAGAUGAAAAAAUGUUUUUGGUCUCAUCCGAAAACAAGAAAUCUAGUUAUAGUUGUCGAUAUUUCCAUUUAGGAGAUUAGUUGGGUUUCGUCCUAGAUCGACCUCCAGUUAAUCCAAAAUAAUUUCCUAACGCAGACUAAUGUAAGAAAUAACAGAGUAACCAAUGCACCAAUCAUAGAAUAAUAGUUUAAACGAUGGCUAUAUAAAAAUGUAAUUAACGGUCAAGUCUUAUGAUAUGUGAAUUCAAAUGUGAGAUACUAUCCCGCUUGCUUGUUUUUUUGCAAUAAUCUCAUCUUUCAAGUAGGCAAUAAAAAAUUAUAGUAUAAUGUAUUUUAAAAAUCUACCAAUGCGCCGGGAUUGAGAUCCUAUAAAGAUAUCAAAUGGUUGAAUCGAAUCAUCAUCUACGGAUAAGCAAUCAAUACACAUUAAAAUGACAAAUCAAUGAGAUAAAGACAAUAAUUGACGUCACAUUCGUUUGCUUAUCUGAUGCCGUAUCAUACCAAUUUGUUUAUAUACAUGUAUGUAGUCUUUUUUUUUUUUUUUUGAGCAACAUACAUGUAUGUAGUCUAUGUUACAAAACAGGGACCUUACAAAAUAACAAAGGUUUGUUGUAUUUGGGUUUGAGAAUAACUUUGAAAAUGGGCCACAGAAACUGAGUCACUUAGGCCUAAGCUAAACUACAUUUUGCAAACUGCAUACGAUACUUACUCCUACCGUCCUACGUUAAUUUUUGUUGCUAAUUAACAUAUCCAAAAUCAGUAUGUCAUUCAAAAAGAGAGAAUUUGAUAGAUUGAAGAUUCACAAUUAGGAUCUCUAAGCUACAUUUUUUGACAACUAAUGCUAACUACUUCGACUAAAACAUUCUCAUGUAUCGUUAGCUCUUGACAAAAAAAUAACAUAGUUUUCUACAAAAAGAAAAAAUCAUAGUUAACGCUUCUGAUCAUUAUGCUUUGGUGGAAAUUGUCACUGACCGGCAAGUCUCCGGUAACACAUAUAUUACAAAAGAAACUGAAUAUGUACAAAAUAUUCAAAACAUUUUUAUAGUUUGUGAAAGUUUCAAGCGUCUCCGAAACUUAGCAGAUAUUUUUUACCAGAGCAUGAUGAAUAGUGCCCAACGUUUAAGAUUCAAGUCUAGUGUCUUAAUUUGUUGUUUAAAGAUACUUUUUGUUUCUUCUAGUUGAAUCAUUGUUAUGAGUUUACAAAAUGCUAUGCCACCAAAUUAUAUGCCCUUUAAAAAAACAAAUUAAGAAAUAUAAAGUAUAUUUAAAACUAUCGGUGGUUCAACAAUAUUUGUCGAAUUCAUUAUAGCAAAAUCGGUAUUCAAAGUAUCCAUAAAAGAAAAUUAAAGAUACGGAAAAGUCUGGUAAUGGAAGAAGAAGAAGAAGAUAGUAAAAGAUUCGUGUGGUCUAAUCUCGCACGUGCGUCAUUUUGUUUUAUGUCCUUUGCCGACAGUUUGUCACCAUGGUCUGUCUUAGUCGUACACUCGUACAGACUGGUAGUACCUUUCAUUACAUUACAUUAUCUUAGGAAUCUUUAACUCUCAUAACAUUUUAGAAUAUUUACGCAUUUCUUUCAACAUUUAUCUUUUUUUAAAAGGAUGAGUUUUUUCGUAGUUGCAAUAAUUUUUCACCUACAAUUAAACAGAAAGAGUAAUAUAUUCAUUAAACCCACUUUACCACUUACCAAAAAAUAUACAUUUACAAGAAUAUAAUAAUAUAUUAACAGAUAGUAACGUACGAAUAAAUAAAGUAGGGUCCAAUAGGUACAGCCAUUGACUUAAGAGGCCCAACAGCCCAUAGCCAGCUGGAUUAGCAAUAUAGCUGGUCCCACUCUUGCGACUCCGUACUCCCAAUAGUCACGUGAUCUAUCGCUCAUUCCCCACGUGACCUCCGCUCUCUCUUCUCCUUUCUCUGCUUCAUUCUUCUCUCCGAUAUCUCUCGCUCUGUGUCCUCCCCAUUGUUAUCGUCGGUAUAAUCUAUUCUCUUUCGAUCACUUUCAUAUCGUUGGUUUUAUGUCUAAGCGAUUCUCUCUUCGAUAAGAUUGCAUUUGAUCGUCUUCCCUAGAAAACAAGAGGAGAUGGGUCAAAUUCUACACCAGUCAGAGCAUUGUUGUCGAUGUAGAAAGCCUCUUAUGGGGUGAAAGAGAUUAGUAGUGAUACGUAAACGUACCAAAAAAAGAUGAAAGAGAAACGGGAUGAAUCUUCAGAGCUUGCGGAAAGGGUUAAGUCACUCUCUGUUGAAUCUCCAGGUGAUGGUUUGAUUAGAGAGUCCCCUAGAAGCGUUGAGCAGGAUGUGUCUCCAGGUCAGAGAGCAGCGCAGCUUCUUUGGGAUACUGGGAUGCUUUGUGAACCCAUUCCUAAUGGUUUCUACUCUGUUGUUCCGGACAAGAGAGUAAAGGAAGUGUAUAAUAGACUACCUACACCGAGUGAGCUUCAUGCGUUGGGAGAGGAAGGUGUCAGAAUCGAAGUCAUUCUUGUUGAUUUUCAAAAAGAUAAGAAGCUCGCAAUGCUGAAACAGUUGAUCACCACACUUGUCAGCGGAUCUAAUCCUGCUUCGGUGAUCAAGAAAAUAGCUGGAACGGUAUCUGACUUUUACAAACGUCCUACACUUGAAAGCCCUUCAAAACUUGCUCUAGAGGAAAACGCCUUCUUGUUUGAAAACCAUGGUGCUCAGUUGCUUGGCCAAAUCAAGCGUGGGUGCUGUCGUGCUCGGGCUAUUUUGUUCAAAGUUCUGGCUGAUACUGUAGGACUCGAGAGUCGUCUUGUGGUGGGUCUGCCUAAUGAUGGGACUGUGGAUUGCUUAGACACCAGCAAACACAUGUCCGUUACAGUUGUGAUAAACUCCGUGGAACUACUGGUUGAUCUGAUUCGGUUUCCUGGUCAGUUGGUACCUAGAUCAGCCAAGGCGAUUUUCAUGGCACACAUCUCACCUGCUGGUGAAAGUGAUUCUGCAGAAAACGACUCUUGUGAUUCGCCUCUGGAGCCAAAUAGUCCUUUAUACGAGAGAAGAGACCCCGAGAGUACAGAAAAAGAUGAGAAUCUUCAGUUUCAUCGGAGGUUAGAAGGAUAUCCACAUGCUUCGGGUCUGUCAUUGCAUAAUUUGAUGAUCAGACCUGCUACAGCUAGUAACUUCUCGCAUAGUGAACCAAAUGUUGCCACUGUGUUCUGGAGACGUAGCCGCAGAAAAGUGAUUGCUGAACAGAGAACUGCUAGCUCCAGCCCAGAGCACCCAUCUAUGCGAUCACGUGGACGAUCAAUGCUGAGCACUGGAAGGAAUUCAUUUAAGGACUACACUGGUGACGCAUCUCCUUCAAGUUCAUCCACGUCAGAAAUACGUAAAACCAGACGGAGAAGUUUCAGAAUCACACCAGAGAUUGGGGAUGACAUUGCAAGCGCUGUACGAGAAAUGUAUGAGAAAUCAAAGCAAACACGUCUCUUGCAUGGACGAGAGGAUGGAAACAGCUCAGGUAUCAAUAGCAAUGUGUCUGGUCUCCGUCUUGAUGAUGAGUUCAACUCUAAGAAGACAAUGUCACUGCCGUCAUCUCCUCAUGCUUACAGGAGUCAAGGAUCUGGACGGAGAGGGCCUUCAGAUUACGCCGUGAAGGACACGUGGAAUAAAGUGGUUGAGUCUACCACACUGCAGAAUCAGCCUUUGUUGCCUUAUCAAGAAUGGGACAUUGACUUCUCUGAGCUGACUGUUGGAACUCGCGUGGGGAUUGGAUUUUUUGGUGAAGUUUUUCGUGGAGUGUGGAACGGGACAGAUGUUGCAAUCAAAUUGUUUCUGGAGCAAGAUCUUACCGCCGAGAACAUGGAAGAUUUCUGCAAUGAGAUAUCGAUCCUCAGCCGUGUUCGCCACCCAAAUGUUGUGCUAUUUCUGGGGGCAUGCACAAAACCUCCACGCUUAUCCAUGAUCACGGAGUACAUGGAGCUGGGAUCUUUGUAUUAUUUGAUUCAUAUGAGUGGCCAGAAGAAGAAACUUAGCUGGCACAGAAGGCUCAGGAUGCUUAGAGACAUCUGCAGGGGUUUGAUGUGCAUACACCGGAUGAAGAUAGUCCACCGUGACCUGAAAAGUGCAAACUGUCUGGUGGACAAACAUUGGACGGUCAAGAUCUGUGAUUUUGGGCUGUCGAGAAUAAUGACUGAUGAAAACAUGAAGGACACUUCAUCUGCUGGUACACCAGAGUGGAUGGCUCCAGAACUCAUUCGCCAGGAGCCUUUUACAGAGAAGUGUGAUAUCUUUAGUCUUGGGGUCAUCAUGUGGGAGCUUUCUACUUUACGUAAACCAUGGGAAGGUGUUCCACCUCAGAAGGUUAUAUUUGCUGUUGCUCAUGAAAAGUCACGUCUUGAGAUUCCUGAUGGUCCACUCAGCAAGCUAAUUGCAGAUUGUUGGGCAGAGCCUCAAGAACGCCCAAGUUGUGAAGAGAUACUUAGAGGCUUGCUUGACUGUGAGUACACAUUGUGUUAGUACCACUUCUCUGUGAGGGUUAUGAGCCAAAGAUGUUUCAGCUCAAGAAGCAGCCCAGCUCUGCUCUUAAAUUAACCUUAGUGGCAUAGCUAUUAAGAUCAUGCGAGCUUCAAGGCUCUAAUGAGAGAGAUUCUUAGUUCAGUUUUGACAAAUGUUGGAGCAGGCAAGAGGCACCAAAUGUAGACACAAACAAACAUAUCUGUGGUGUGAUUCAUAUGGUCUCACAGGUCAGUGUUUUUGGUAUGCUUAUUAGAGAGCUUUUUUGGUCUUUAUUUAGUAAGAAUAAACAGAGCUCUUUGAUCUGUAUUCUUUUUGUGUUCAUUUAUUUUUUGUCAAGCACUCUAUGUAAAGAUAAAAUAACGAGAGAAAAGUUGGACCAACUUA